AUGGAGAGACUCGCUCUCGUCCACGCGUAUUGCUUCAGCGACCACCUGCCGCCUUCGCUGUUGCACCUGCGCGCCGUCCCACCUGCCGCCUUCGCUGUUACACCCCUGCGCCGCCGUCACCACUGCCGUCCUUCGCUGUUACCACCUGCGCCGCCGUCACCACCUGCCAUCCAUUCGCUGUUACCACCUGCGCCGCCGUCACCACCUGCCAUCAUUCGCUGUUGCCACCUGCGCCGCCGUCACCACCUGCCGUCCUUCGCUGUUACCACCUGCGCCGCCGUCACCACCUGCCCAUCAUUCGCUGUUACCCACCUGCGCCGCCGUCACCACCUGCCGUCCUUCGCUGUUGCCACCCUGCGCCGCCGUCACCACCCUGCCGCCUUCGUUGUUACCACCUGCGCCGCCGUCACCACCUGCCGUCCGCCCUGCGCCGCUGUCACCACCUGCCGUCCUUCGCUGUUGCCACCUGCGCCGCCGUCACCACCUGCCGUCCUCGCUUGUACCACCCUCCCUGCGCCGUCCGUCACCACCUGCCGUCCUCGCUGUUACCACCUGGCCGCCGUCAACCACCCUGCCGUCCUUCGCUGUUCCACCUGCGCCUGCGUCACCACCUGCUGUCCUUCGCCGUUACCCAACCUGCGCCGCCGUCACCACCUGCCGUCCUUCGCUGUUACCACCUUGCGCCGCGCGCCAACCACCUGCCGUCCUCUCGCUGUUACCACCUGCGCCGCCGCCACCACCUGCCGUCCUUCGCUGUUACCACCUGCGCCGCCGUCACCACCUACCGUCCUUCGCUGUUACCACCUGCACCGCCGUCAGCCACCUACCGUCUUUCGGCUGUUACCACCAUGCACCGCCGCCGUCACCACCACCUGCCGCCCUCGCUGUUGCUGUCUGCUGGCUGUUCCUGAGGUUGUUUUGACGCGAGCUCGACGGCGCGUCACUUAA